AUGGAAGAACAAAAAAUUUCAAACUUACCUGCUGAACGACUCAACCCAGCCCCUCCGUUCACAAAUGUAGGUGUCUACGUAUUUGGCCCAUGGAUCAUCAGUGCAAGACGAACUCGAGGUGGCAUUGCAGAGGAUAAACGCUGGGCAGUCAUCUUCACAUGCCUAGUUUCCAGAGCUGUGCACACUGAAGUGCUUGAAUCUCUGUCUUCCUCAAGCUUUGUAAAUGCAUUGAGAAGAUUCACAGCUGUCCGUGGUCCUGUCCAUCACUUCCAUUCUGACAGAGGAACGAACUUCGUCAGGGCGUGCAAGGAACUUAAAAUAAACCCCGAAGACCCUGAACUGGCAACUUAUCUUCAAGACCGAGGCAGCUCAUGGACAUUCAACCCUCCCCACUCCUCACACAUGGGUGGAGUGUGGGAGUGUAUGAUAGGUGUCGCUCAUAGAAUACUGGAUGCCCUGCUGCUUAAGACAAAAACAGUCCAUCUGACUCAUGAGGUUCUGGUCACGCUCAUGUCCGAAGUUAUGGCCAUCAUGAAUGCCAGACCGCUAAUUCCCAUCUCUUCUGAUCCAGACAUGCCCACUGUUUUGACACCUGCUAUGCUCUUUACUCAAAAGAUUGAUCCAGUGUCACCACCACCAGGAGAGUACAAACUCAAAGACCUCUACAGCAAGCAGUGGAAGCAGGUCCAGGCUCUGGCUGAUGCAUUCUAGAAAUGCUGGCGUCAAGAGUAUGUGCCUUCACUUCAACCAAGGCGAAAGUGGCACGUGGACAAGCCAAACUUGUCAGAAGAUGUUGUGCUUCUUAAAGAUACUCAAGUCAAGAGAAACGAGUGGCCUGUUGGAGUGGUUGUGAACGCCAUUCCCAGCAAAGACUCUAAAGUCCGUAAAGUGGACGUAAAGGUAGUCAGAAAGGGUAUUCAUAAGGUUAAUUCUAGGCCCGUCUCAGAGGUUAUUCUACUUAUAAAGGGGGAAUAGUGUUAUAAAGCAUUAUAACAGACGGGGAGUGUGAUGUUCUGUUAUUUACAUUGGGCAAAGGGAGACCCCUAGUGGUCAGGAUCGCAGUAGCGUUCAUUUGUACCUUCACUGUUUCCGUAGGUAGUUUUAUACUGUAUGAGAAAACUGAUCAGUUGCGGUUUACUUACUCUGCAUUAUAUGGCCAGGAAAACAUUUGCCUGUGAGUGUUUUUAUGUUCAGUUGCUGUAUAACUUUAUAUUUAGACUAUCUCUGAUGUAAACCUUGGUUAAUGUAUGAAAAUAAGUUCUAAAUCUUUGUAAAUGCUAACCGCUAGCAUCUAUAUGGGUUUUUUCAUAGAAGUUAGCUUUAAGCUAACGAUUCGGGUUCUAUUCAUUUUAAUGUACAGUGUCAUGUAAAUGCACUCAGGAAACAAAUGUAACUAAGACACAUUUUGUAUGUCUGCUUUACAGUUUUACAGUGAGUCUUAAGUAAAGCU